CUGGACUGUAUAGAAGGGAUGCAUCUUUACAGCAUACCUUGAUUCAAGAGUUUCAAUAUUGAAAGUCAGUCCAGACAUAUCAUGGGGAUAAAAGGCUACAUUCUUCUUAUAGUGAACUUGGCUGUUUCAUCGUCACUCUCUAUCCCAAGAACCCAGGACGACGUAGAGAUAGUGGAUGUUGGCGAAAACAUCAGCACAGAAGAUGUAACACUUGAUGAUAUCCGUGAGCCUUCAGACAUUCAAAAGAGUAGCAUUCUUCCUGGGGACAAACUAUGGACAUCUCCAGUCCCCUACGUGUUGGACCAAAGUCUUGACUUGAAAGCUAAAGGAGUCAUCUUGAGAGCUUUAGAUCAGUUCAGGAUGAAGUCAUGCAUUGACUUCAAACCCAUGGAUUCUGAGGAGUAUUACAUUGACAUCAAAAAGUUAGAUGGGUGUUGGUCAUAUAUUGGUAGACUAUACACCAAUGGACAGGAGCUCUCCAUUGGGCUGAACUGUGAUUCCAUUGGCGUUGUUGAACAUGAGAUUCUUCAUGCUCUUGGCUUCUACCAUGAACAAUCAAGAUAUGACAGAGACAGUCAUGUGCAGAUUGUAUACAACAACAUCAUAGCAGGUAAAGAGAAUAACUUCAGGAAGGUUGCCAGUCAAGACAGCACCACCCAUGGAGCUCCAUAUGACUACAUGUCAGUGAUGCACUACCACAAAAAUGGAUUCAGUAAUGGCAAUGGUCCUACAAUUAUUACCAUAGAUCCAAAAUUUCAAGAUCUCAUUGGUCAAAGACUGGAUAUGAGUCCUAGUGAUGUUCAAGAGCUGAACGCUCUCUACCAAUGCAAAUCAGCCGUGGCAUUUAAGUUUUACUGUGGCUUUUCUAAUAAGGAUUUGUGCCAAAUGAGUCAUUGUUCACAAAGUGGGAAUGGCUGGGAAAUGGUUACACAAGUUAACGGGGGUCCAAGCUCUGACCACACCAGUCUAACUAAUGGAAAUGGAGAUCAAGGUGAAGAAAUAGGAUAUUUUAUGCAUGCCAGCACAGCAUCAGGCUGGGAGGGACAGUCAGCAAGGCUGGAGACCCAGAUCCUGCAUCCUACAAGGAGAUGCAAUGUCCAGUGUCUGCGGUUUUACUAUUUCCAUACUGGAAAUGAAGCUGAUAAACUUAAUAUCUGGGUUAGAGAGUUUGAUGAACAAGACACUGAAGGAACUCUCCACCUCAUGGAACAAAUCACUGGCCCACAAACAUCUCACUGGAAGCUCCAACAUGUUCCUCUGAAUGCCACCAAGGACUUCCAGGUGGUGUUUGAAGUUCGAAAAGGAGCAGGAAGCUCCACAGGAGGUUUCUCAGUUGAUGACAUUAAUCUCUCUGAGACUGAGUGUCCACAUGUAACUUUGCAGAUUGAUGAAAUUGAAAAAAUGCUAAGUACAAGUGCCUCAGGAACCAGAAUAUACAGUCCACGGCAAUACUCCAAAGAAGGCUAUGCCUACCGAGUAUCAGCAAUUCUGUCCAAGACAUAUGUUGGAAUGUUUGUUCAGCUCUUGUCUGGUAAAUAUGAUAACCAGCUGACGUGGCCUUGCUUGCAAAGAGAAAUGACUUUCCAGUUGCUGGAUCAAACCCCCAGCAUGCAACUGCAAAUGUCAAAACAAUGGAGUUUUAUUUCUCUCCAGACUCACUCGGACUCUAGUGGUACUCCUGUCUGGGGAAACCCUCGUGAGACUGGAACUGGACUUUUUUAUGAGAAUGAUGAGUUAGUCUAUGGUGGACCUCUGCUUGGGUACCAGAAAUUUGCAACUUUGGAAGAACUACAAUCCAACGAGUUCCUCAAAGGAGGGAGUGUCAUUUUCAUGUUUAACUUUGAAGAUCUGACUCCGCUAAAUACUGGAUCUGCUCUCCCAUGUCCUCAAUUAAGACCGGUAGACAUUACAAAUCCUCCCACAAACCUGGAUGAAGGCCCAUGCUCAUCACAGAUCCUAUCCAUCAGUACGACUCCUCUAAAAGACAACAACAGCAUUUAUGGGUUUUCUCCUGCUGUGGUGCCCUACCCGGUCCUCACGCUCCUGCUGGCUGUGAUGACGCUUCUGGUGCCAUGAUGUAAACAUUCACAACUCUGCUGUUUUUACAUAUACACCAUCAGUCAAAUCCUUUAGUUUUUCUGUCUUGUUUGAUCUUAUAUGAUUAAAAGAAACAAAUACCAUGAAAACUGAUGUUUGCAUAUAGGUGUAUUGUAUGACGAUUUUAAAGUAGUUCUUUAUGUUUUCUAAAUGUAAUGCUUUAAUUUAUUUGUUAGCGAUAAUAUUUGGUGAUAUAAUUUUCUUUGAAACAUUCAGAUGUUGUUUUGGAAUAUUGUUUAGAUAUUACAGUUUCUUUUUGUAAAUGCAUUUAGUUAUUAAGGGCUAAUUAUGAGUAAUCCACAAUAUUCAGGCAUAGUAGCAUCUUGGUAGCAUAUUUUACAAUAUGUUUUGGUUCUUUGUACUAUGUUUUAAUAAAAGAGGUUAAAAACUAAA